GUGGGAGAACGGGUGGCAAGCCUGGUCCGCCAGCUGCUAUCCGCGCCUAGCGCGCACAACCACCGAGCGCCGGCGCCUCAAGCAUGGAGUGGGAGCUCAACUUUCUGCUCUACCUGGCGCUCUUUUUCUUCCUGCUCUUCUUACUUUUCCUCUUGCUCUUCGUGGUCAUCAAGCAGCUGAAGAACUCUGUGGCCAGCACGGCUGGGGCGCUCCAGCCCGGGCGUCUCUCACUGCACCGGGAGCCUUGGGGCUUCUCCCGAGAGCAAGCGGUGUGA